AAAAUGGCAGCGAAUUUUUGCAAAAGAUUUUUAGCUGCAAAAGGUUUAAUUAAUGUAAAUAGAAAUCUUAAAAAUGUGCAACGUAAUUACGGUUACGAAAACAACACAACGCAUCAACCCUCAAAAACUUAUGGAAAAUAUUUAUGGAUUAUUGGCGGCGGUGCGACUGCGAUCAUUUGCAUAAAUUUAUUCAAAUCCGGGACUAAUUCAGUGAAAACAUUUAAUAUGAGACACUCAAAGUAUGAUGAAGAUUCAACAAUAAGCAAAUUAACAGCACGUGAAAGACGUUUUAUCAAGUUUGCGUCCAGUGAAUAUGACGGGCAAUUAUACAUGACACCACAAGAUUUUUUUUUAGAAUCAGUUGUCUAACAAGAACCCAGACCUCGCUUGAAACGUCGCAUACUAACUGAACGUGAUAUAAAUUCAAUGCGUGAUGAAACUCCACCGUUGAAGAAAGGUUCAAAUCAAUUGUCUAGAAAAUUAAGGGAUCGAGGUAGCUUCAUAUACACAUAAAGUUGAAUUUAGUGUUUUGGAAAAAAAUCUCGUCUUUUUCUUUUAGGCAUUAUUUCCUAUACCGAGUAUUUGUUUUUAUUAUCAAUUUUAACAAGUAAGUGAAGCAUAUAUCGGAAUUAACGUUCGUAUGUAUUAAAAACUCUGUGGAGAAUGUGAAAAACACCAUAAAAAGAAUUAGAAAUUAUUUAAUUUUUCUUCCACUCCUAAACAA